GUUUUAGAAGCAACAGGGGUGAAAAGUGAUGAUAUUACUAUGUGGGAGAUCAAUGAGGCAUUCAGUGUAGUGGUACUAGCAAACAUACAGAUGCUGAACUUAGACAUUAACAAAGUCAAUAUACAUGGUGGAGCUGUCAGCCUUGGUCAUCCUAUUGGGAUGUCGGGUAACAGGAUCACAACACACAUGGUGCAUGCCCUGAAACCAGGAGAGAAAGGAUUGGCAGGCAUUUGUAACGGGGGCGGAGGAGCAUCAGCCAUCCUUAUUGAGAAAUUAUGAACAAAAUAACUGUGAUAACUAACCAAUACGUAUACUCAGUGAAUCAUUGGAUCUGGUUUUACUGACAUGGAGUUCUGUGUCAGAUUUGGGUUUUUGUGUGUGUGCUAAUGGUAUUACGAUGUAACUUUAUAAUACUGCUGUGAUGAAAGAAAUUGUGACACAUUUAUUCAUCUGGGAAACAGGGAUUCAAAGAAUGACAGUUGAACUUCAUUUGUUUAUACAGUGAAACUACACUUAAUCUUGCAUCAGCUUUAUUAAACAGUCACUUGCCUUAAGCAGCCAGAUUGUGGCAUUUCUGUGGACGACUGCUUCAUACAAGUUUGACUGUACAUUGGUUUGUGAAUGUUUAGUAUGUGGUAGAUGAGACACAGUUGGUUUUUGAAGUAGACAAGUUUUGAUGGUGUGAGCAAGGUGUAAGAUCCUAGUUUACUGUGUACUCGUCAUAGACUCAUUGUAAUACCUCAUUUAAGGUUUUGUUUUAUAUCAUUUAACUUGAAGUGUUAUGACUGUAUUUAUUCUAUGAUUUGUAGCCAUUUUGACUUUUACUUUACUGCUAAAACUGAAAAGUUAAAAAAAAUGACUUCAAAAUUAUAUAUGGGCAUGUCGCUUUUAUGCUCAAGUUUUUCUGGAAAAAAAAGUGCAUAACAAUAAAUGCAGUCAAAAUAGCAAUUAAAACAGGUAUCCAAAAAGGAUUUUGGUGAUGAAUUUAAAAUCAUUUGUUAUAGUUUGAAAAAUAAUAGUUCAUUUCACCAUCUUUGUGUACUUAGAGUGAUGUAUUGUUGUUAUAUAUUAAAAAAGAAAUGAAUGAACUACCUUGAUGCAGAUUAAGUGAAUCAAACAUUAAAUUUCUGUAAUAAUAUUGACAAUCUGACACCAUGUUUCUGUUACUUAGAACACUUACCUUCAGAUUCUGUUAAAGUUGUGAAGUGAUAGUUGCUUGAAGUUUAUGAUAUACUUUUAAGAUAUAAUAAACCUUGAUAAAGAUUG